AUGGAGCCCAGCGCCAGGGAGCCCCUGGUCAGGACGGGCAGCUCCUCCUACCAGACCUUCCCAAGCAGCACCAGCAAAAGGCUCGACAAGGAGUACCUGAGGAGCCUCCACAACAAGCGACUCUACCUGGCUGUCUUCGCUGCUGUCCUGGGGAACUUCAGCUUUGGCUUCGCCCUGGUUUAUCCCUCUCCUGUCAUCCCUGCCCUGGAGGCUCACCCCGACCCUGCCCUGAGGCUGGACCAGCACACAGCAUCCUGGUUCGGGUCGGUGUUCACGCUGGGAGCGGCAGCAGGGGGGCUCAGCACCAUGCUGCUCAACGACCUCCUGGGUCGCAAGCUGAGCAUCAUGUUCUCAGCUGUGCCCUCAGCCCUGGGGCUGGCACUGCUGGCUGGUGCCCAGGGCUUCACCAUGCUGCUGCUGGGCCGCAUCCUGACCGGCUACGCCGGCGGCGUCACCUCCGCCUCCAUCCCGGUCUACAUCUCGGAGAUCUCCCACCCUGGGGUCAGAGGCAUGCUGGGUGCUUGUCCCCAGCUCAUGGCAGUGCUGGGUUCCCUCAUCCUGUAUGCUCUGGGACUGGUGCUGGACUGGCGCUGGCUGGCGGUGGCAGGGGAGGUGCCUGUGCUCAUCAUGAUCAUCCUGCUCUGCUUCAUGCCCAACUCACCUCGGUUCCUGCUCUCCCAGGGCAAGGAGGAUGAGGCCCUGAGGUCACUGAGCUGGCUGAGGGGCAAGGACACAGACUAUGCCCGGGAGUAUGAGCAGAUCAAGGACAGUGUGAGGAAGCAGAGCCAGAGGGUUACCUGUGCUGAGAUCAAGGACCCCUUCACCUACAAGCCCAUCCUGAUAGCAGUGGGGAUGAGGUUCCUGCAGCAGCUCUCAGGUGUCACCUGCAUCCUGAUGUACCUGCAGCCAAUAUUCAAGAAGACCUCUGUCAUCCUGAAACCAGAGUAUGAUGCAGCCCUGGUUGGCUUGGUGAGGCUCUUCUCGGUGGCCAUCGCUGCUGCCUCGAUGGACAAAGCUGGGAGGAAAAUCCUCCUCUUUGUGUCAGCUGCUGUCAUGCUGGUCUCCAACCUGACCAUGGGGCUGUAUGUCCACUUUGUGCCAGCUGCCCAGAAUGGCACCGUGGCCAACCAGACCCAGGGGAGCUCUGCCAGCCUUCCUGCUGAGCCAACAAACUACAUCACCCUCAUCCCCCUCCUGGCCACCAUGUUCUUCAUAAUGGGUUAUGCCAUGGGCUGGGGCCCCAUCACCUGGCUGCUAAUGUCUGAGAUCCUCCCUCUGAAAGCUCGUGGGGUGGCCUCAGGCCUCUGUGUGGUGGUGAGCUGGCUGACAGCCUUCACCCUGACCCAGUUCUUCCUCCGAGUCGUGGACAACUUUGGCCUGGAAGUGCCCUUCCUCUUCUUUGCUGUCAUCUGUGCUGGGAACAUCUUCUUCACAGGCUGCUGUGUCCCCGAAACCAAAGGCAGGUCCCUGGAACAGAUUGAGUCCUUCUUCAGGACCGGCCGGAGGUCGUUCAUGAGGUAG